GGUCGCUUCGCUGUGGUUUUAAUUUUUUCGUGAUUUAAUUUUUUGUAAUUAUUUGAAUAAUUUGUGUAAUAAUUAAUAUAAGUAGAACUUUAAGUAUGAGUGAAAAACUUAAGGAGCUUCGUGAACGGUCUCAAAAGCGAAAGAAAUUGCUGGCACAAACUCUAGGCGUGUCAAGUGUUAGUGAGCUCCGGCACGCUUUAGGAGCUACCCCGGAUGUGCUGCCGAAGAAGCAAGCUUCUGCGGAGUAUACUUCGGACGAACAGGACAAAACUACACAGAAGGAAACAGAUAGCCUUGUUUACACCGACUCUUCCACAUUCUUGAAGGGUACUCAAUCGUCAAACCCCCACAAUGACUACUGCCAACACUUUGUGGACACUGGGCAGAGGCCUCAGAACUUCAUCCGUGAUGUGGGGCUCGCGGACCGCUUCGAGGAGUACCCCAAGCUGCGAGAGCUGAUCAAGCUAAAGGACGAGCUUAUCUCCAGGACCGCUACUCCUCCCAUGUACUUGAAAUGUGACCUAAAGACUUUCGACCUGAAGUCAAUGGGCAGCAAGUUCGACGUGGUGCUGGUGGAGCCGCCGCUGGGCGCGGGCUGGCGCUGGCGCGACGUGCUGGCGCUGGAGCUCCACCACCUGGCGCAGCCGCGCUCCUUCGUGUUCCUCUGGUGCGGCAGCUCCGAGGGUCUGGACAUGGGCAGGGAGUGCCUCAAGAAGUGGGGCUUCCGGCGCUGCGAGGACAUCUGCUGGAUCAAAACCAACAUCAAGAACCCGGGACACUCCAAGAACUUGGAGCACAACGCUGUGUUCCAGAGGACUAAGGAGCACUGCCUCAUGGGCAUUAAGGGCACAGUAAGGAGGUCUGUAGAUGGAAACUUCAUCCAUGCGAACGUGGACAUUGAUCUGAUCAUAUCGGAGGACCCGGAGUUUGGCAGCACGGAGAAGCCCAUAGAGAUCUUCCACAUCAUGGAGCACUUCUGUUUGGGCCGCAGAAGAGUCCACCUUUUCGGCAAAGACUCGACCAUACGACCAGGUUGGGUUACCAUUGGUCACGAAUUGACCAAUUCCAACUUCAACGCAGAACUCUACGCCUCAUACUUCACCGAAGGCCGGGAGACCACCGGAUGCACUGAAAGGAUAGAGUCCCUGAGGCCCAAAAGUCCCCCCAACACUAACAAAGGGGCCCGGCCUAGAGGUAGAGGCGGAUUCAGGGGCAGGGGUCGUGGAAGGGGCGCCCUAUAGUGGUAUUUUAUUUGUGGACUCUUGGAGUUUUCCUAUGUUCAUAGACUUUUGAUAAUUCUAAUAAAAUUGUUAUCAUACAUAUAUUGGAUUAUUACUGUUUGGUUAUGUCUGUAUUAAAAUCUCAUUUUCAA